AUGGAAGAUUGGAUCAGCUUAUUGACUUUAGAUAGUCAAACCUCUUCUCAAAUUGUUUCUGAAGAUUUUUUAAAAAGAAUAGCUGAAGAUUUAAAAGAAGCUAUUCCUAUAUCUAAAGAUAACUUUGAAACUCUUACGAAGGCCCUUUCAGACAAAUUUACAUGUUUCGUGUUUGACAAUGUUCCCGCUGAUUUUUAUCGAGUUCUGCGUUGCCUUUGUGAUCACUUAAUAAGACGUGCUGAUGUCGCUCCCAUCGAUAUUAGCAAUUUUUUCUUGGGUUUUGUCGAAGUUUUUCUAAAAGUGUCACCCGACUGUCUAGUUCCUACAUAUGAAUGUAUUUUGGAUGUGAUUCAUCAGAAAAUCAUUGACAUUAACUUCAGUGUCUAUAUAAAACAUGCGAUUUUAAGCUCACUCAAUGAAAUAACGGUAAUUUCGUCCACCAAAAAGGUUGAGCUGUUUCUUAAGCCGAAAGUAUUUGCAGCCUAUACCUUGCUGGCAUCUAACUUGCGAGCUAUCGGAGAUUACGAUACACAAACUCAACUACUAGAAUUUCUACUUCAUGUCAUUCCUUCGGCAAGAAGGCGAUAUUUUGUUGAAAGAUUCAUCCAUCCAGAUUUCGCAGAUCUGUUCUGCGCUAUAAUUGGGCAAAACUUUACAACCGCUGCUCGAAAAUUUCUCAAUCUGCUCAAUUCAAUGAAUCCAUCAACGCAGUCCGUUUUCUCCCUUCCUUGCAUCGGAAUUCAAAUUUGUGGCCAUGAGGUAAGAUUUUGCUUUCUUUGGAAAACUGCAGCAUACGGUGAUCACUUUUGGAUUGAUUUCAACCUGGUACCUCAGCGUAUCACAGCAAACUGCGUCCUUGCUGGGCAAGCCGCUCAGACUAGUUAUACUAGUGAUGAUGGAAAUGAACAAAUUUGGGAAACUAUCUCCCUCCAUCCCGAAAUAAUUAAUGAGGUUAACGUAAGCUCUAUUUUUACAAAAGACAAAAGAGGCACUCAAGUAGAACAAAUCAAUCUCAGUAUCACUACCUUUGAGUCACCAAGUGAUUACGUUCGAUUUUGGGAUGGUGAUUCUUCGCCUCAUCGCAUACCUGAAGAAGAUUUUGUCACAAUUGAAUUUUGUCUUGGCCCCAGUGAUGUGGUCAGGAAUGCACCGACUAAAGCUCCUGGAACUCCGAUCGCUCAAGGCAUCACAGAAGCAAGCCAAUCACAAGACCAACAAUUAAUUAGUCUUUUGACUGGUCUUCGGGUUUAUGCUGAGGUGAGUUUGGCAUUAUUAAAAGUACAGUACUACUAUUUUGUUGUUUUUUACUGA